UCGAUUUUGGACGGUAUAUUUGAUAUGAAAUGCGGAAACCGUAUUUUCUUCUCACAAUCACCAGCGGCUGCAUAACCCUCUGGCUUUACCAUAAUCAACAAACAUCCGAUUUCAAGAAUCUUUUCCUUCAUCAAUCAAAUCCUCCACCCUCUUCGUUAAGAUCCAGCUAAUCUUCCGCUUACACUCUCUUUCGAUUUUCUCUCUCUCUCUCUGGAAUGAUGACAGAUUGAAGAUCUUGAGUAUUCGUCUCUUGAGUGGGCGUGCAAAACAAGACGACAAUUCGUACAGGCAUGGCUGACUACUCAAAGGAAGAUUUUACACAGCUCAUUAAGAGAAUCGGGGCUUAUCUAUCCGACAAAGUUUCCAAGGUUCUCAACACCCAGGAUAUAGGGUCUGUUUGGGCGAUAGCAGGACUUGCAGUUGCAGUAAUAUUCACAUGGCGAUUGUUGAGGACACCAAGUGAACCUCGAAGAAGACAACCUAAACAUCAAGCUCCUUCAUCUAGCAAUUCUGGAGUUAAUAGUCAUCCAGAUGCAAAUUUAUUUCCUUCAGGUGUUACUUCAUCUUAUGAAGAUUCAAGAGCUCAAACUGUUAUCGAUGAGUUUUUUCAGCCUGUAAAGCCUACUUUAGGACAAAUAGUCAGACAAAAAUUAAGUGAUGGAAGGAAGGUAACUUGUCGAUUGCUUGGAGUUAUACUUGAAGAAAGUAAUCCACAGGAGCUUCAGAAUCAAGCAACUGUGAGAUCAUCUGUUUUGGAUGUUCUUUUGGAGAUAACAAAAUUCUGUGACCUUUAUCUCAUGGAAACAGUUUUAGAUGAUGAAAGUGAGAAAAAAGUUUUAAUUGCAUUAGAAAAUGCUGGGAUUUUUACAUCGGGUGGUUUGGUUAAAGACAAGGUACUUUUUUGUAGCACAGAAAUUGGAAGAACGUCAUUUGUUAGACAGCUGGAGCCAGAUUGGCAUAUAGACUCGAGUCAAGAAAUUACGACUCAGUUGGCAAGGUUCAUCAAGUAUCAGCUUCACAUCUCAACAAACAAAACCGAACGAAUUGCUUCUAAUGUUUUCAGUUCUUCGUCAUUGGAACAGUUUUUCAGUGGUUGACUUUUGAGAAUUGGUCAACGGAUUUAAUUUUUUUUGGGAAUUUGUGCCUUAUAUGAUGUUAUAUGCGCAUUAAAUGCUCACAUGAGGCUUGAUUUAGUGCAAUAGAUUUGGUCAAAUAUAUUGAAUAUUCCAAUUAUUAUUGUGGUAUGUGUAAGUUUAUUUAUGUUAUAAUCUAAAUGAUAAAGAACUUGUAGAUCUUUAUAAAUUAGUUGUUGGAAA